AUGUCAAAUCUUGCAAAACUUGACUUUGGGGCUCUUGACAUUUCGGAAAAGAAUUAUUUGCCUUGGGCUCUAGACGCUGAAAUCCAUCUAAAUGUAGAAGGUCACGGUAAUGCUAUUAAAGAAGGAAAUAUAUCAUCUGAUCAACAAAAGACAAAAGCCAUGAUAUUCCUUCGUCGUCAUCUUCAUGAGGACCUUAAAAAUGAAUAUCUUACUGUAAUUGAUCCAUAUGUUUUGUGGAAAAAUUUAAAAGAGAGAUAUGCUCAUCAAAAAUUGGUUAUUCUACCAAAAGCUCGUUAUGAUUGGAUGCAUUUACGCUUGCAAGAUUUUAAAAGUGUAAGUGAUUAUAAUUCUGUCAUGUUUAGAAUAACCUCUAAGCUGACAUUAUGUGGAAAAAAAGUAACUGAUGAAGAUAUGUUAGAAAAAACAUUCUCCACUUUUCAUGCAUCCAAUGUGCUCCUACAACAGCAUUAUCGAGAAAAAGGGUUUAAUAAAUACUCUGAUUUGAUAUCUUGUCUUCUUGUGGCUGAACAAAAUAAUGAACUCUUGAUGAAAAAUCACGAGGCUCGCCCUGCAGGCACAACUCCAUUCCCAAAAGUGAAUGUAGCAAGACACGAUCACUAUGUGAAAAAUCAUGGUCGUGGUCGUGCGCGUGGCCGCGGUCGUGGCCGUGCCCAUAAUAAUGCUCGUGGUCUUAAUUUUGAUCAUAACCGCAAUGGCAAUCAUAAGAAUGUACCCUUUCACCAGAAGUGGAAAGAUACUGAAAAGAAUGAAAAAGGUGGUCAAAGUAGCAAAAGUAAAGAGAAUUAUUGCUAUCGUUGUGGUGGGAAAGGUCAUUGGGGUCGCACUUGUCGUACACCAAAACACCUUGUUGAUCUUUAUCAAAAAUCACUAAAAAGUACAAAAACAAGGAUUGAGACAAAUUUUUCUAAUGAAGAUGGUUAUCCCGAUUAUGGCAAUAUAGAUGUUACUCAUUUAGAUAUUGGUGAUUUCUUUGCUGAUCCAAAUGAAAAAAUUGACCACCUUAUUGGAGAUGGAACUGUCAAGAAAUAG